AUGAGUUCAUCGGAUGAAGAAAUACCUUUAUCUCAGUUACAUCAAAAAAGUUCAUCAUCUACCACACCAACAUCAGAUUUUGAAGAUGAUGAAGAAGAUAUUCCAUUAGCUGGAAGAAGAAGCACAAGAAAGAAACAAGUUAGUUCGUAUUAUGAAGAUGAAGAUGAUGCUUCAGAAGACGAAGAUGAGGUUCCGUUGAAGAAAAGAAAAUUGGCUAAUGGAUCAUCGAAAAAGACCAAAAGUGAACCAAAGUUGAAAAAGGAACCUGGUACCAAAAGAAAAACAGCUACUAAGAAAGAACCAAAAGCUAAAAAAGAGAAAAGCACUCUUAAAAAAGAACCAAAAUCAAAGGAACUGCCUACCAAACUUAAGAAGGAACCUACGAAAUCUGAAACUCCUGAAGCCGAAGAAGACGAAGGGUAUAAAUGGUGGGAGGCAACAGAAGAAACCGAAGGAGGUAUCAAAUGGGAAACACUAGAACAUAAUGGUGUGAUUUUCCCUCCAGAAUAUGAACCAUUACCAUCUCACGUCAAACUAUACUAUGAUGGGAAGCCAGUGAACUUGCCUCCCGAAGCAGAAGAAGUUGCAGGUUUUUACGGUGCGAUGUUGGAAACAGAUCAUGCCAAAAACCCUGUUUUCCAAAAGAAUUUCUUUAAUGACUUUUUGGAGGUUUUGAAGGAAUGUGGUGGAUGUGGUGUUGAAAUCAAGGAGUUUGAAAAAAUGGAUUUUUCCAAGAUGUAUGCAUAUUAUGAACAACAACGUGAAGAGAAGAAAGCCUUGAGUAGAGAUGAAAAGAAGAGACUUAAGGAAGAGAGAGAUAAAUUUGAAGAACCUUACAAGACUUGUUAUCUUAAUGGUAGAAAAGAAUUGGUAGGCAAUUUUCGUAUUGAACCUCCUGGUUUGUUUCGUGGACGUGGGGCACAUCCAAAGACAGGUAAAUUGAAGCGUAGAGUCGCCCCAGAGCAAGUUACUUUAAAUCUUGGUAAAGAUGCAAAAGUUCCCGAACCACCUGCUGGCCACCAAUGGGGAGAAAUUAGACACGAUAAUGAAGUCACUUGGUUAGCGAUGUGGAAAGAAAAUAUUUCUGAUUCUACCAAGUAUGUUAGAUUUGCAAAUAAUUCGUCGAUUAAAGGUCAAUCUGAUUUCAAGAAAUUUGAAACUGCCAGAAGAUUAAGAAACCAUGUUGAUGAAAUCCGUAAGGAUUACACUAAAAUGUUGAAAUCUGAAAAAAUGCAAGAUAGACAAAUGGCAACAGCGAUGUAUCUUAUUGAUGUGUUUGCAUUGAGAGCAGGUGGUGAGAAAGGAGAUGAUGAAGCCGACACAGUUGGUUGUUGUUCUUUGAGAUACGAACAUGUUACUUUGAAACCACCAAAUAAGGUAGUGUUUGACUUUUUGGGUAAAGAUUCGAUUAGAUUCUAUCAAGAGGUAGAGGUUGAUAAGCAAGUGUUCAAGAACUUACGUAUAUUCAAAAAGGCUCCAAAACAACCAGGUGAUGACUUGUUUGAUCGUAUUAAUCCUUCAUUGGUCAACAAACAAUUACAAAAUUACAUGAAGGGAUUAACAGCCAAAGUUUUCCGUACUUAUAACGCAUCUAAAACUAUGCAAGAUCAAAUUGACUUAAUAGAAAAUGAAGGUACUGUUGCGGAAAAGGUGGUUAAAUUCAAUGCUGCCAAUAGAACUGUUGCUAUUUUAUGUAAUCACCAGCGUACAGUAAGUAAAAACCACAGCAACACGGUUCAAAAAAUCAAUGACAAGUUGAAGGAAUUGAUGUGGCAAAAAAUCAGAUUAAAGAAAAUGAUUUUAGUUCUAGAGCCUAAGUUGAAGAAAAAAGAUGCAAAAUAUUUUGAAGAAAUUGAUGAUUUGAUUAAAGAAGAUAUUGAACAUAUUCAUCAUACCAUUAUCAAUCGACAACGUGAACAAGUUCAAAAGAAAUUUGAACGUGACAAUGAGAAAUUGAAACUUGAAGGUAAGCCAUUAUUGACCAAGAAAGAUAUCAAGGAAAAAAUGGAUAAAAUCACUGAAUUGGAAAAGGAAUAUAAGCAAGAAAGAAAAACCGGUAAACCAGUGGUUCCAAAGAAUGCAACGGUUGAAAAGUUAAAGGGUCAAAUUGAAACUCUUGAAAAUAGAAUACUUACUACAUCAUUCCAAUUAAAGGACAAAGAAGAUAAUUCUGAGGUUUCUUUGGGUACUUCCAAGAUGAAUUAUAUUGAUCCAAGAUUAACGGUAAUGUUUUCCAAGAAAUUUGAUGUGCCAAUUGAAAAAUUAUUCACAAAGACUUUAAGAGAUAAGUUUAAAUGGGCCAUUGAAUCAACUGACGAAAACUGGAGAUUCUGA